UUUAUUCCUAUAAAUAUUUAUACAUUUUUCUGUUAUAACGCCAACUGGGGAGAGAAUGACAUGCAUAUGUAGGUGGUAUAAGCAAUACUUAACUUUAAUCGAAUUGCAAACUGCUACCACACACGCUUAUGUAAACUUAGGCAAACGCAAGACUGCACAAGCUGGCAAUUGAACCUUUUAUUUUAACCUUAAGGAAAUGCCACACAUUGUAAAAACACUAGAUAAAAAUCCGAAAAUUCAGGAAAAUGUAUUAAACGUAAUUGGUAAUACACCACUCGUAAAACUAUCGAAAAUACCAAAGGAAGAGGGCGUACAAUGUGAAAUGUAUGCAAAAUGUGAGUUUUUAAAUCCUGGGGGUUCAGUGAAAGACCGCAUAGCUUAUAGAAUGGUUUUGGAUGCUGAGAAGAAGGGAAUAUUGAAACCUGGAAAAUCUGUGAUUGUUGAACCAACUUCUGGAAACACUGGAAUUGGACUAGCUUUAACAGCAGCUGUGAGAGUAACGGAACCUAAACGACGCAGGCUGACCGCAAGCGAGAUACGUAUACUGCGCACAUAAAUAAGAGAUCUUAUCUUACUGGACUUCUGUGAAAUGGCUUUGUAAAAAUCACUAAGUAUCUUACUUUUAACGGCUAUGUUAUAAGCAAAAUAUAUCGUUUCAGCGUUAAGGUAUAUCAUAUAUAU